AUGGUCAUCGGUCUGCUCGCAAUCGCAGCCAUCCCGACAGUGACGGGCGUGGGCCAGGCCGUCAGUGCGCAGCAGCGACAGCAGCAGGCGUGCAAGGAGCAGCUCAAGUUUAUGCUCACGGCGAUGCUACCAGUGGAGGGCGAGCUGCGCGAGGCCGCGUUCUGCGUGCUCGUGGACGGUCAGCUCUACCUCGACUUCCCAGACCAGCCCGUGCCAGGGCACAAGUUCUGCGGGUACUACUUCAAGUAUCCCGGCCCAGAGCAGCACCAGGGCCUCGUCAGCACGAUAUCCGACGACCCGCCCAUGCUGAACUGGAUCUUUGUCGACGGGUCCACGCGCGCGGUGCGGUUUGGCGGCAAGAAGGCGACAGAGGGUCACGUCAUUGGGCCCUGGGGCUGGAGCGCCGACGAGCACUUUUUGACGCUGCAGCAGGAUCCGGCCAGCUUCAGGGCGAGAAAGGGCGAGGACGGGCGGUGGAGCGUGUACUGGGACCCCGAGGGCGACGGUGGUGGCCUGCCGCUGCGGCUGCGUCGAAGGAUGAUGCAGCAGGGCGUCGAGAGUCGCUAUGUCAAGGGGUGA